AUGUCUACUGGAAUUCCCACACUUAUUCAGGAGGUGUAUUGCGGGAGCUCACUGACGGCGGAAACAGUGACUCUGGACCCUGAAGCCCCGAGGUCAAAGAAAAGUCAAAAUGAGGUGAUUGUCCGUGCAAUGGAUGGAUUUGUUUUCGUGAAGCAUAACAAGUUGGUCUAUCCUCGGUACCAAGACUCGACUCCUGAAUGGUGGGAAGACGUACAGGCCUACGGGUACGUGACAGCGCUUGUGGGCCAGUUCAAGUUCUUUGUCUGGGCCGGACAUUGUGGGGAUGGUGAAGGAAUCAAGCCCUCACUGGCAAUCUGGAACUCAUGGUCGGACAGCUUCGAGGAGAUUCUGUGGCUGGAGUCAAAGGCCGGAUACAGCUAUGCCCUGAUGGAGCCGGAUGCAAUCUAUGAUGAGCUGGACGAAUCUGCCGCCACCUCUAAGCCAGGAGGACCCGACGCUCCGCGAGGUGGACCGAGCCGGCCCACAGCCCAGUGGUGGAAGGCAGGUGCAAAACGGAAAAUAAACCAAGAUAAGCAAACAUCCCGGAAGCGCAAGAAGGGAGGAAAGCAGGCCACGCCUUCCCCGUCUAAGAAAAGGGCAGUCAGCCAGGAUGUCGAGUACAGCCCUGGAAAAGGUGAUCAAACUGAUGAUGAUGAUGUAAUCUUUGAUCGCAGCAAGUUGCGACCGCGUAGAUUGUCGGUUUGGUUUGCGGAGAGCCUACCAAGGUUUGAUCCCCGGGAUGACGAGGCAGAGGGAGCCAAGGUGGAGGCGCAGGGAAGGGAGAAAGGGAAGGAGGUAAGUAAGGAUGAGGAGGACAGUGAUGAGGAGGAAGAAGGACAAGAAGAGGGGGAUGAGAAAGAGGACAAGGACGAGGAGGACAGAAGACACAGAGAACGAGGAAGACGAGGAAGACAAGACGAGGAUAAAGGACGGGAGAGGGGGGAGAAGGAGGGCCAAGUUGUGGCCAUGGGGGUUGACGAGCCGGACGCUGAGGUGGAUGCUGAAGGGGAAGACAAGACGAAGACGGUAAUUGCCAUGUCAAGUCCGCCUGGCAAAGCUACUUCCUCCAAGAAAACUCCUGACCCGGAAGCAGCUUCUCCUUCACGUAAAGCAUUGCCUGCCCCCGCGCAUUUGCAUACACCUACUCCGGGGCCUGAGCUUACUCCUCCUCCUAAACUUUGGGGUCUAUCCCCACCCCUGCUCCCGCACUUCCCCUUGCUCCUGCCUUCUCUUGUUGCCGCGCCGGCUUGUACGUCUCCGCCUGCGCCUUCCCAGGAUCCGGCUUCCCCUCUGGCUCCGGCUCCAACUCCGGCUCCAACUCCGACUCCCGCCCCAGCCCCAACCCCUCCUCCAGCCGCGGCUCCUGCUGCUGCCCCUGCCCCUGCUCCGGCUCCGGCUCCGGCUCCCUCCGCUCCGGCUCCUGCUGCUGCCCCUGCCCUGCUCCGCUCCGGCUCCGGCUCCCACUCCUGCUCCGGCUCCUGCUGCUGCCCCUGCCCUGCUCCGCUCCGGCUCCGGCUCCCUCCGCUCCUCUCCUGCUCUCCGCCCUGCUCCAGCUCCAGCUCCGCUCCGGCUCCUGGACCGGCGCCUGCGCCUGCCCCACCAUCUCCCAUUCUUCCUGCGUCUCCCGUCGGUCCCGCGCCCCCUGCUCUUGAGCCUCCCUCAAUUGCUGUGUCUUCAGCUUCUGUGCCCGCCGGCACACCACCCCCAACCCCUUCCCCUGCGUCUACGAACGCCUCUGUGCCUACGACUGUUACUUCAGUUUCAGCACCUAUCCCCCCUGCCUCCUCGCUUGAUGCACAGUCAGCUCCAGAUACAUGUGAGUUUGAUAUGGACAAUACGACGGGAAGGCAAUGA